CAUCCACAUGAUCCGGGCUCACCAAUAACGUACAAUCAACCCUCACGAACCUCAAUUUUGGGGAGCAACAGGAAUUCAGUCCCGUGUCAAUGCAAUGCUCCCCGGAACCGAGACGGAAAGGCAAUUCCAUCAUCUGCAUAUCCUGAAUCGACGAACCUCAAGAGCUCGGUACGGUCGUGAUCCGUCUCAGCUCUCGAACGACAUGCCCUCGGAACCUCUGGCCGCCAUCUGCGAUGCAUUUUAGUGGGUCGGACCCUCUGAACAUCCCGCACGAAUCCGGAUUCUUGAGCCGCUUCUCUCUCGGGUUUUCGUACCGUAGCCACACAGCGCGGUAUGACAACCCCCACCAUACACAAGUUCGCUAUCGAAAAUUAUUGGCUGCGACCGCUUCCAGACGCGUCUCUACAAAUUCGUCAUCGCUGGUCAUUGGCUUCGGCAUCUUUGUGCGUCUUGGCGUCCAUCAGAAAUACAUGGUGGACGGCGAGCAGGCUUCUGCUCGCGCGUACGUGCAACCCUUAGCUGUUUCGUCGUUUUGCUCGAGGUGCGUGCACACUGACGUCCAAAUGACCGUCGGCUCGGUGGGAUCACUCACAGUGUGUCGAAGUUUGUUCGUGUGCUCGAGGGUUCUGUGCCGCAUCCCCGUAUUUAGGUUCUGCUACGCAAACCGCACCAUGGUCCCACUUUGAAGAGGGAGACUAUUCGAUAAUUCGCGAAAACCUGUCCUUGAGCGACAUAUCUCGCAGUGUAACAUGGCCAGCAAGCACUCGGGAGCAUGGUG